AUGGCAAAUAGUGUAGCUUGGUCCUCAUAUACUACUGUGCAGAAAGUUUCAUCCAUGGAAUUGCAGGACUCAGGCAAUUUGGUGUUGCUUGGAGAGGAUGGAAGUGUUGUUUGGCAGAGUUAUAGCCAUCCCACCAAUACUCUUUUACUCGGCCAGGAGUUUUCGGAAGGAAUAAGACUUACAAAGUUUUCCCAGCAGCAACAACAUGAUUGCUAUCAGACUCCACAAACCUAUUGGUCCUUGGCGAAUGAUAGCCAAAAAACAAAUAGUAGUGUUGGUGGCAAGGUCCAUUCUGCAUAUCUGGAGUCCAAUGCGUGGAAUUUCUAUGAUCAGAAUAAGAAAUUGCUUUGUCAGUUCGUCUUCACUAAAAAUACUAAUCCGAAUGCUACCUGGGCUGCCAUUUUAGGCUCAGAUGGGACGAUUACGUUUUCUGAUCUUCACAAGGGAAAUCAAGUUGCUUCUGAGGCUAUCAAGAUACCCCAAAAUUCUUGUAGCAAUCCUGAGCAUUGUUCUCCCUAUUAUGUGUGCUCUCUAGAGGGUUGGUGCAAGUGCCCUUGGCUUGCAAACAAGCUUGCCUUCGUAACUGCUCCUGCUCUGCACUGUUCUUUGGACUUUGAGGGUUAUAUUUCAUAUGUGAAGAUUGUGAAUGGAACCAGUGAUGGAAGUGGAAACAAGGGAAAGAAGACUCUAUUAAUUGUGUUCAUGGUUAUUGCAAGCAUAAUUGUGAUUUCUGUUCUACUUUAUCUGGGACUAUGGUACCGGAGAAAGAAGAAAUCAAUGAAGUUUUCUCAAGAAAACUUUGAAGAAGACACUUUCUUGGACAGUUUUUCCGGCAUGCCGACUCGCUUCAGUUAUAAUGAUCUUAGUAAGGCAACUAAAAGCUUCUCUACGAAGUUGGAGGGCUUUGGCCAUGGGAAGAAGGAGUUCGGAGCUGAAGUAAGUACAAUUGGGAUGGUACAUCACCUGCAUUUGGUCAAACUCAGAGGCUUCUGCGCUGAGGGGAGUCACAGACUUCUUGUUUAUGAGUACAUGAGCAAUGGUUGUUUGAAUAAAUGGAUUUUCAAGAUUAAUGAGGAAAGUCAGUUGUUGAGUUGGAACACAAGACUUAAUAUUGCAUUGGGUACAGCAAUGGGUCUAGCCUAUCUGCAUUCAGAAUGUGAAUUAAAGAUUGUCCAUUGUGACAUAAAGCCUGAAAAUGUUCUUCUUGAUGAUAAUUUCAAUGCUAAAGUUUCAGAUUUCAGUUUGGCUAAGCUGAUGACACAUGAAGAAAGCCGCGUCUAUACAGCACUGCGAGGAACAAGAGGUUACCUUGCACCAGAAUGGAUUAAAGACAACCCGAUUUCAGAGAAGACUGAUGUAUACAGCUAUGGUGUGGUCUUGCUCGAGAUCAUUAGUGGCCGGAGGAGUUAUGAUCCAGGGGAUGAUUCAGAGAAAUCCCAUUUCCCAUCUUAUGCCUUCAAGACGUUGGAAGGAGGAAAACUAAGCGAAAUCCUUGAUUCGCGGCUUGACAUCGAUGAAAAUCAUGAGAGUGUUGUCAAUUUAAUAAAAGUUGCCUUGUGGUGCAUACAGGAUGUGAUGCAUUUGAGACCACCUAUGACUAAAGUAGUGCAAAUGCUUAAAGGUCUCUGUGCUGUACCUCAGCCCCCGACCCCUUCUCAGUUGAAUUCCCAGGGAUGCUCUAGUUUUGUCAAAUGGAGUAGUGAAGAAGGUACAGUACUAGAACUGGUCGAUGCCGAUAACGGUGGAGUUAUAUCAGAAGUUCAAAUAUCAGGCCCCAGAUGA